AUGGCGGGUCCGGGGCGUCACAAAUUUCGACAUCGUCUGCUCCAGCAGCCCCCGGCGUCGCUUCUCCUUCUCCUCAUCAUGGGAUUUUCUCACUAUUUCCCUGCGGGAGGAGAGCCUUUGCCUACCCGCACCACCGACAUGCCUUUCGACUCGACGAUCGUCCAGACAACAUUGAUGACGGGAACGGCUAACGGGACCGCGGUGUCGGCGGCGGCUCUACCCCAGAGUUACCGGCGGGAAGGCGACUACAUCCUCGGUGGGCUUUUUGAUAUUCAUGAUUCCGAGGAUGGCGAGUGUGGAAACUUCAACUCCCGCGGUUUUAAGUGGAUGCAUGCUAUGGUAUUCGCAAUCGAUCAAAUUAACGCCAGGGAUGACAUCCUUCCUAACGUCACGCUCGGGUUUGAUAUAUACGACACCUGUACGGAUCCUAACAUCGCUGUGAGGAACUCGGUCUAUUUCAUCGCAACACAAGAUUCCAAAAACUGUGAGAGUGAGACCAGCCCCCAAUCCAUCGCUGCUGUGGUAGGACCGACAACAAGCAGCGCAGCCGUCUCAGUGGCAAGUCUCUUUAACCUCUUCACCUUACCGGAAGUUAGCUACGCUGCCACGAGUGAAAUACUCAGCGAGUCAAGAUUCAAAUAUUUCACGCGGACAGUCCCAACUGACACGUUCCAAGCCCGAGCCAUGGCCCAUCUCGUCCACCACUUCGAUUUCCACACCGUAGCCCUCAUCGGCAACGACGAAGGAGCUUACGGUGUGAGCGGCGUCUAUAUGUUCGAAGAUGAGGCCUCCAAGUUCAACAUCUGCAUCGCCUACCAAAAUAUCUUCGGCGUCAGCGAUGACCAGUCAGACUUUGAGGAAAUCGUCAACGAUCUCAGGAAAAUCCCAGAUGUUCGAGUGAUUGUUGCCUUUGCGAACGAAGCCCCAAUGAGUCGGCUUCUCAACUAUUUCGCAGACCACAAUGUCACUGGAUACAUGUGGAUAGGCAGUGAUGGUUGGGGAGCAUCGAAAACCAUACUUGACCCUCGGAUAUCCCGUAUCACCAACGGAAUGAUCGGAGUCUUCCCGCACACCGAGACCAUCAAUGGCUUCGAGGAUUACAUCUUAAAUCUAACCCCAGAAGCCUUGGACUACCAGGAUCCAUUCUUGAACGAGUACUGGCAAGAGUUCUUCCAGUGUUACCUUCCAGGUGUUUCCGAGAUGGAUGUUCACGAAUACGGUAGGAAAUGCACCGGGGAAGAGUCGUUUUACAGUACCCGUCCCUUUUCCAACACGUCCUUAGUUUCUUCCGUUGUGGAUUCAGUCGAGGUCGUAGCUCGCGCCAUGCACACAACACUCAAUUGCGAUGAUGGACAGUGUGAUUCGCGCGAAGAUGUCGGUAUCCCAGGCGAAGUUUUGAUCGAGUGCAUGAAGAAUGUAGAUUUCAUGGGCCACUCGGGCUACAGGUUGUCUCCAAACGAGCGCGGAAAUCUAGCAGGAGAUGCCUGGUAUGACUUCUAUAACUUGCAACCAAAGUACCCCUGCUCGGAGGAGUUUCAUCUCAAAGUCGUCGGGUUCUGGAAGGAAGCUGAUGUUUCGAUCUCAAACUUGGAAGAGAUCUACUGGCCGAUGACAAACACUUGUACUUUGGCAUCUUCCAGACCCAGAUCGAUAUGCGGAGAGACGUGUUAUCCAGGUACCCGACGCAUUUCUCUUGACAUCAGCAGUUGCUGUUGGAUAUGUGUGCCUUGCUCCAAUAACCACUUCAGCAAUGAGAGCAAUGCCUUAUCUUGCUUUCCGUGUAGCGAUGAACAAAUAUCAAACGAGGAUCGAACGGAAUGCCUAGACUUACCUUAUGCCUUUACAGAACUCACAUCCAAGAUCGGUUUGGCUGCUUUAGCUAUUGCCAUCAUUGGCUGGCUGAUAUGUGUCGCCAUCGUCAUCAUCUUCAUGCUCAAAGAAAACACAACUAUUAUUUUCCAUGCCUUUGCGCGCUCCUGGACCUUUGUGCUACUAGGAAUCGCCAUGACGUUUUUCACUGCAACACUCUCUGUCAUCCCCGCCUCGGAGCUGACUUGCCUUAUCGUAGCAGGUACCCAGCUAUUGCCAGUCUCUAUCACAGAAGGAAGCCUUAUUCUCGCUGCCUACUGCACCUUCAAUAAGAAACAUGUCCAGCUUAAUAACUGGGCGCUCUUCAUGAUCGCCAUCCUCUUCGUUCACGGGCAAUGCAUCUUGGUCUGGAUGUUGACCAGCCGUCCCGUAGUCACUAAGACAGUCGAUCGCGACCACCGCCUCGUAUACGUUGACUGCGUCAGCUCUGGUAGCUACGACGGCAUCGUGGUGGUCAUCACCUACUGUAUCCUGCUCGACAUCAUCGGGAUAUUCGUCUCUUUCAACAUCCGAAACCGCGACAAAAACUUUCAAGAAGGAAAGUUCAUCUUCUUUUCAUUCAUCAUUCAAGUCAUGGUGUGGGUGACCAUAAUGGUCAUUUAUUUAGUGCUACCAAGUGGUCGGCUUUAUCGAACCUUUGUGCUAUCUUUUGGUCUCAUGGUUUCGAGUGUUGCCAAUCUGGGCUGUCUCUUUGUGCCAAAACUUUACGUGUUAAAGUGCAAACCUGACAUUAAUCCACCGAUCAAGAAGAGGUAUAGAGAUAAACUUUGGCAGUGGAAGUUUAAGAGGAGAGACGGAGAAGAUGAAGUUACGGCAGAGGCGAGAUUCGGCGAAUCAAUACGGAGCCAUGCUGCACGCAGUGCAAUACUUAAUAAUUACAGAAAAGCGUUAGCUGCCAUACGCGAUGAGACGGCCCAGGCUAUACGAAUGUAUGGUAUCUGCAACGAUAGAAUAGAUGAUAUGAAAUUAAGACACAGACGAAAGAUGGAGGAAGUUUCCAUGACAACCAACAGCAUUAAGAGUAGCAGGGUGCAACUUGUCCUUUCAUCGCCUUCAAUCGAAGUGACGUAUUGCUGACGUCACGAAAUUACAAUAUUAAAAUACAUCUUAAGCUUGAAAUAAUACAGUAAAUUGUAUUGUUCAUUUUUACUACAUAAUUGUUUAUUGAUGGUGCUAGGUUGGCAGUUGAGCGUACACGAUAGUCACCUAAAAAUACGAUUUUUUGUAAUACGUUGAGUCGGUGUAAAGUUGCUAACUAAUUCUGUUUAUGUGUAUUGUGAGAUUUCUAAAGAUUCACUAAGUCCUGUUAAAACGACGUGCACAUUUCUCAGCUUUUGUUCAUCUUGUACUCACUGAAUAAAUAAAUGUCAAUUCUAAUUCAUCUAACAGCAAAUAGAAAUGUAGAAAAUAAUAAAUUUUCAAACUAGCCUUCUGAUCAUGGACGCUUCUGGAGAUCAUCAUGUGACAGUUUUCCACCACAGACUUGGACAUACUGGACGAACUGAUAACGAGGUUUUCUGAGUGCGACGCAAAACUGUUCUCCAAUGUUUCAGUUGACCCCCUCCCCUUUCGAAUUAUAAGGCAAAUGAUCGUACAGAAAAAUGUGAAAUUCGGUAUUAGGUUAAUUAAUCUAACAAGCAAACAAACAACCAUAAAACACUACGACAUGAAUAUGCUAAUACGUCCUAACCUGAAUAUUUGCAGGAAAUUCCCGCGCUCAAGACCCGGGCUCAAGAUCGGCGGUUAAUCCAUGCCCGUGAAUUUAUGGUAUGCUGCCACCAUCGUUCCAAAAUAUAUAACCAAAUACCCAUAUACUUCAAGUAAACAAGAGAAUAAACGAUUUAUUGAACCUGGUUAUCUAUACACUGAAAAAACUCUGGUGUUGAUUUAAGACCAACCCGGAAUCUAUAUAGGUCCCCAUCAGAGAAGUGUUAAACAACACCAGUUUCGUUUUGGUCUAACACCAGAUAGAUGCUUGUACAACACCAAGUAGUAUUAAAACAGCAUAGGUUUCAUUCCAAACUGGUGUUGUUUCAAUACUUCUCUGGUGUGGACAUACAUAGAUUCCGGGCUGGUGUUAAAUCAACACCGAAGUUUUUGCAGUGUAUGGCCCUGAAAACACUUUACACAUUCCUUUGUACUGACGAUCGGAUUUUGUUCAACAGUUGUGACAAAAAUAUUAAAGAAGUUAAACAGCAGUGCUAAAUGUUAAAGAAGUUAAACAGCAGUGCUAAAUGUUACUCUCCUGGUUUAAAAAUCAAAACUUGCAAAGGUCCCAGUCAUGUUAUAACCCACGAUGUACAAACUUUGCACAGGUUGCUUGAUAUGAACUUUUAAAAAGUAAUACCAUUUAAUACAUUGUUUAAAAGUUCAAACAAGGACAAUUAAACAGUGAUGUUAAACAUUUGAUUGUAUUUACCAAAUAACUAUUUCAGUUUAGAAUAAUCAUGGAAACUUUUUAAACGAUACAUCGGUUCGAGCAGCUAUAAAAUAUUCACAUUGGUUAACAAGUACAAUGGGAGUUAGCAUUACAUUUGUACUCAAUCUUAUGACUGGUACCUUAACGAUACAUUCAUUUUCAAAUAAUGACCUCUUUGACCCUUGACUUUCGACCUUGUGACCCUGAAAUCUUACAUGGUCUUCGUCACUCAUAAUGUAAAACGUGAGCCGAGUCAAAUCUCUUAAACGUCACAUAAAAAAAUUGUUCAUGUGAUAUCGUAAUGUAUUAGGUGACCUAUGUAACAUUUAACCUCGUGCCACUGAAAUCUAAUUAGAUAAAUGUCUUUCUCAAAAGAAUUACCCAGAUUGGAAGUAGAUCUUUCAAGCAAUUCUUGAGUUCAAGUGAAUGAGAUAUUUCAAAGUAUAUAAUGUAAUCCCGA